GUUCGCAAGCUUUAAUCCGAUCGACGUCCACUUCCUCCCCUUCAUCUCGAAUCGCUCAAGAACAUCUCUCUUCGCGAACGACACACGAUCCGAGCCCAGAAGAAUUUGUUUGACGCGCAUUCAGCUACUUGUCUCCAACCAACAACUACAGCAGACCACACAACACACCUUUCAGCGCGACAGACGAAAACCGCCAUCAUGAAUCUGGGCAGCUUCGGAAAACUCACGAUUGUCUACGCCUUUGCGGCGUUGCUCUUGAUCAUUGAGCUUGGUCUCACCGGCUAUGUCGUGGGCCAGACUGAUAGCCACUGGUGGGGUGGUUCGCCCUCGCAGUUUGCUUUCAUGCUCUUCACCACCGUUUGGUCCAUCCUCAUUCUCAUCUACAUUGCCAUCACGCCUGUUGUGGCUCCCUCGCUCUAUAUCCCCGUCGCAGCCCUGGCCCUGCUCGCUCUCACGGCCCUUUUCUGGUUCGCCGGCAGCAUUGCCAUGGCUGUCCUCGUGGGCAUCCCCGACUGCAACGGCAACAACUUCUGCCAGAGUGCGCAGGCCGGCGUCGUCUUUGGCUUCUUCAACUGGGUCGUGUUCACGGGUCUGGCCAUCUGGGAGGGCAUGGGCUUCGCGCGCGGCCGUGGCACCUCGACCGCCAAGCCCACGCCGUACGCUGGCGCUUGAUUGAUACACCAGACAAACAGCUACGAACGAAGACGACAGGCGAACACGAACAUGAUGGCACAUGAGCGAACGGAAUAUGUUGCCUGGGGCGGGAGAGGCGAUACUGAUACCCGGUGAUGGCGCAUGAUAUGGACGGAACAUGUUUUACUUUUGUACGUAACUAAUACCUUUGUAAUUGAUCCACGAGAUUCAUGAUUAUCCCAAU